AUGGAGGCGCAUGCAGAGAGCGAGUCGCAGCCUUUGCUGCAUCCCACCAGGACGCGGGAGAACUCUGUAGCUUCUUUGUUUGCCCGAGGACGAAGUAACACAAUCAAUGGCUUGAAAACCGGAUAUGACACAGUGAAACGACACCGAAUUCAAUUUCUAUACUUUUCCUUCGCCAGUCUAGUACUCUAUUUGACCUUUACACUCGCAUUCCUUCCGAGGACCUCGCUUUCAAGGGACUUUAGGCGCUUGCAUUUCAGUAAAUUCACCAAGGCAGAGACGUACCGAAUAUACCUAGAGAGCCUAUUGCGGGAAAAUCAAAUAGAGAGACACCUUGAUGCUUACACUGCAGAGAGACACUUAGCGGGAGAUCAAAAUGCUUUAGACUAUACUGUGAAUGAGCUGAAAGCACUUGGGUUUUCCCCUAAGAUUGAGAAAUAUUACCCGUGGCUCAAUACUCCAAUCGACUCAGGGAUGUCAUUAUGGAUAAAUGGGACGUUGGAGUUCAAAUCGGGCAUGGCCGAGGAUGCUCUUGAAGAAGACUCCACGAGUUUUAGUCCUUUUCCAACCCCAGCCUUUCAUGGGUACUCUGCAAAUGGUAACGUAACAGCGAGAUUUGUCUACUGUAAUUAUGGGAAAAAUGAAGAUUAUGAAUUCCUUAAGAACAAGGGCGUUCAUCUAGAGGGCAUGAUACACGUUAUUAGAUAUGGUGUAUUGUUCCGGGGAUUGAAGGUAAAGAAUGCAGAAAAAAAUGGGGCAGCUGGUGUUAUAUUGUACACUGAUCCAUAUGAAGACGGACAAGUAACCGAAAGAAAUGGUUUUAAGUCUUAUCCUGAUGGGCCCGCACGGCAUGCUAGCGGAUUUGAGCGUGGGUCUGUUCAAUUCUUUACCGACUUUCCAGGCGAUCCCACCACGCCUGGAUAUGCAUCUAAAUCGCCGGAGACCAAAAGGGUCUCACCCGGCGGCAAAAUGCCUACAAUUCCAUCAAUUCCAAUGAGCGCAAAAGACAUUUCCAGAAUUCUACCGUAUCUGAACUCUCGAGGUUGCCAGUUUGACGUUGAAGGUAACAUAAAGGGCUUUGAAUACUACAGCGGACCCUCUGAUGAGCACACAAAAUUACAAGUUUUCAAUGAGCAAGAUUAUAAAGUUGAAGAAAUCUUUGACGUUAUCACUGAGAUACCAGGGAUCUUGAAAGGAAGUUCGAUUAUAAUAGGUAGUCACCGUGACUCAUGGACUACCGGGGGAGCUGCUGACCCGGGCAGCGGCAGCAGCAUUCUGCUAGAAGUUGCCAGAGGUCUUAGCAAACUACUUGAAAAAGGCUGGAAACCCCUCCGAACCAUAAAGUUGAUCAGCUGGGAUGGUGAGGAGCCCGCAAUGUUAGGAUCAACAGAAUACGGCGAAAACCAUGCAGUAAAGUUGCAAAAGCAAUCAUUAGCUUAUCUGAAUCUAGACACUGUGAUAACUGGAUGCAUUUUUCGAUGCGAAGCUAACCCUCUUUUAUCGGAAGUACUAAAAGAGGCAGCUUCACUGACGCCUUUCCAUGGAAAUCCCGACUAUUCAUUGCUCGAAGAGUGGAAGAAUCGGACAGGCGGUAAAGUUGAUGUUUUAGGUGCAGGCACCGACUUUAUGGUUUUUCAAAACCAUUUAGGGAUCCCGUCAGCAAAUUUCAAGUUUCUUUCCAAUGAAAUAAAUGAUCCCGUUUACCAACAUCAUACAAUCUAUGAUUCUUUAACGUGGAUGAAACGUUUUGGUGAUCGUAAUUAUGAAUCACACAAUACCAUGGCAAUAUUUACUGGAAUAUCAGUCCUAAUGCUAAGCGAAAACGAGUUGGUAACAUUCAAGACUCAUGACUACGCACAAUUAAUACAAGAGAAUUUCAAAAAAUGGCAUGCUUUACUAAACAAAGCAUUUCCUAAUGAUCAAUACAUUGCUUCAGAAUCCCUAAAACUUUCUUCGCUUAUAUCUUUAAUAGCUGAUAAUGCCAGCGUUAAAUUUGAUGAUAAUGUCACUUCCUUACGCAAAAAAGUUAGCCAAGAUUUUCCUUGGUGGAAAAUUUACAAAAAGAUUGCGAUAUUUUUAAGGCUCUCUGUUGCUAACAACAAAUUAAAAAAAGUGGACCGCUUGUUUGUCACGGAUAGAGGUUUAAAGGAUCGGGGUUGGAUGAGGCAUUCUAUAUUUGCUCCUGAAAAGGAGUCUGGAUACGUUGGGGAUGUCAUGCCUGGGUUACACGAAGCCAUAGUGGCAGGUGACCCUCAAGAAAUUUUAGAAUGGCUCCAUAUCCUCACAAAUCAAAUGAGUUUGAUCCGAGAGCUUUUAGAGGUUUAG